AUGAAGUUGCUCGGCCUCGAGCCGGAGGACAUAAUCCCACCUUCCAGUCUGACCGUCUCCACCCAGAUCCCCGACGAGGAGCGCGCUAACAAACUUCGCCAGAAGAAGCAGGAGGCGCUCACGAGGCUCCGCGAGGACCGAGUGAAGAGGCUCCAAGGCUACCUGAGCACCAUGAGCGACGCGGAGGCGACACGGUACGGUCGUUUCGUGGGCGACGGGGUCUGCCACGUCAGGCCUGAGGACUUGCCCGACGACCAAGUGCUGGGCGACAGCUCGGGCGAGGACAUCUUCGCGUCUUCGAAGAGGCUGUACGCCAAGAUCAAGGCGGAGCAGCAGAGGAAGGCGAAGUCGGUGGCGAUGGGCUUCCUUCAGCAGAAGCAGCGCUCCGAAGACGCCGACGCGAAACUGCGCGAGCUGGAGAUCCGAAUGGGAGGCUUCAAGAAAGAGCAAAAAGACAGGAUCAAGGCCAUAAAGAAGGAGGCGGAGGCGAGGAGGGACAAGUGCCAGGCGAACUUGGCCAAGUCCGCUCAGGAGCGCGAGGAGUACGAGGCGCGCAAAAUGGAGGAGUGGGCGGCGGCCAGCGGGCGGCGGGAGGGCAGGGAGGAGGGCUCCAGCGCCGAGCACCACGCCAGGAAGAUCGCGGCCGCGGAGCAAACGCGAAGGGCCGCCUUCAUGCGCGCUGCCGACAUGGAGCGUCGCGCCAUUCAACGGACACUGGGGGAGAAGACCGAUGCUGUAGAGCAGCGUCUUGCGGAGAGACUGACGACGCAGCAGGAGGAGCUCGAGAGGCGCAGCAAGGAGCGCCAUGAGAAGUUCCAGCAGAGGCGGCUCUACCUCCUCAAUCGGACGGAGGACUUCGUGGGCGGAGGCGAAGCUCGCAGAUCACAACGCCUUCGAGGCAAAGCAGGCCAGCGCCAACCAGGCGAACAGAGAGAUGGUGAAGGCAAGGGCUAA